UUUUUUUAACCUUUAUCUCCAAAUUCGUUUCUACCUCCUUCACAUGCUUCCAACUCCUUCCUUCUCCGCCCUCGCUUUCUCCUCCACUCAGAGAGUAAAGUUGGACCUCCGACCGAUAAGGCGAUCAGAAGGGUAAUGGAUAACACAGACGUCUUCUUAGGUCUCCACGACUUCCUAGAACGCAUGCGCCAGCCUUCUGCCGCUGAUUUUGUGAAAUCCAUCAAAAGUUUUAUCGUAUCAUUUUCAAACCAUGCUCCUGAUCCUGAAAGAGACAGCGCUGCGGUGCAAGAUUUCCUUGCCAAUAUGGAGGCAGCUUUCAAGGCUCACCCUUUAUGGGCUGGUUGCUCCGAGGAGGAGCUUGAGAGUGCUGGAGAAGGACUCGAGAAGUAUGUCAUGACAAAGUUAUUUACUCGUGUAUUUGCUUCACUUCCAGAUGAUGUAAAGCUUGAUGAGCAACUGUCUGAGAAGAUGGCCCUGAUUCAACAGUUUAUCAGGCCAGAAAAUUUGGAUAUCAAACCAAAUUUUCAAAAUGAAACAUCAUGGCUGCUUGCACAAAAAGAGCUACAAAAGAUCAAUAUGUACAAGGCACCUAGAGACAAGCUUGUAUGCAUCCUCAAUUGCUGUAAAGUUAUCAGUAACUUACUUCUUAAUGCAUCUAUUGCUUCAAAUGAGAAUCCUCCUGGAGCAGAUGAAUUUCUUCCUGUCUUAAUCUAUGUCACAAUAAAGGCAAAUCCUCCACAACUGCACUCAAAUCUGUUGUAUAUCCAGAGGUACCGGAGUCAAUCCCGAUUAGUUGCGGAAGCAUCGUAUUAUUUUACGAACAUGCUAUCCGCUGAGUCUUUCAUCUCUAACAUUGAUGCAAAUGCCCUUUCAAUGGAGGAAGCUGAGUUUGAGAAAAAUAUGGAAUCCGCUCGAGCUCUUCUGUCUGGCCUCUCAUCCGAUAUAGAUGGUCUGUCUGAUCAAUUAAAUCAAAUUGCAGGACAGACUAAGAGUGGUGAACUUGUUGAAUCCAAGCAUCAACGUCAGAAUUUUGGGAAGGGGAAGGAAUCUGCAACAACAAUGGCAAGUAAGGAGAUACCAUCUGCUAAAGAUCAAUCACUGAUGGACAAAGUUCCCUCCCUAUCAGAUUUGGAGAAUAAAGGAGUGUCUAUGCUUUUGAAGGAGGAUCAAGCAAGCCAAGUCUUUCGGGAGUACCCAUUCUUGUUUGCCCAUGUUGGUGAUCUGACAAUUAAUGAUGUAGAAGAUCUCCUAAAUAAUUAUAAGCAGCUUGUCUUCAAGUAUGUUUGUCUUUCCAAGGGGUUGGGCUGCAACUUCAUCUCCCCUUCGAGUUUGCAUACUCAAAUCCUGCAUGCUGAAAGUGAGAAGAAAAUUGAAGAUUCGGGAGCAGUAGAGCAGAAAGAUGGAUUGCAAAAAGAUACGGGUAUUCUUCAGGAUGAAAGAAAUACUGAUUCCAAUACUUCAAAGGAUGAGGCAAUGCCACCACUAGAUUCGAAUGCAAGGAGACGUACAGGUACUGAUGAAGGGAAUGUCGAAUCAACGUUUUCACCAGAUGAGGCAACGCCGCUUAGAGAUGAGGGACAUAAUGGUACUUCCCUGUCAUAGCUCUCCAUAAUUAUGAUGAAUAAUGUUUUGGAUCUCCAAUGCAUGAAGCCAUGGAGAUUUUUUGCUUUCCCUUUUCCUUUCAUGAAAAGAAAAUUUUCAGUAUUGGGUCACCGUAACAAUGGAGUAACAGAUCCCAAUGGUUUC